AACAUACUAGCUUGCUUCACGACAAUGUCGCAAAUCACACUGGACUCAGUCAUUGGUGGCAAGUUACUCCAUGGAAACGAGGUCGCAGCUGGAGUUUAGUUUACUCUCUUGGGGAGCGAACAGUUACGGGCAGCUGGGACAGGGACAUGUGGAGGACCAGUCAGUGCCCCGGCUGUCUGACACCGCUGCUCUACAAAGCAGAGUGGUCCGGACUGUGAGUGGCGGCGGGGGUCACUCUGUAUUUAUCACCGGGAAUGGAGAGGUGUUUGUGUGCGGACAGAAUCACAGAGGCCAGCUGGGACUUGGCCACAACGCAGACAUUUCAACUCUUGAACUCUGCCCCAGCCUAAAUCAGACGGUCAAAAAUGUCGCCUGUGGUUGGGAUUUUACUCUUUUUCUCACCGAUUGUGGUCAAGUUCUGGCAUGUGGCUCCAAUGCAUUUGGACAACUGGGUGUUGGAUCGUCAGUCUCACACUCUGCAGAUCUACUGGUUGUUGGGUGUCUGAAGGAUCCAGCGGUGAGUGUAGCAGCAGGACUACGACACUCACUUGCUGUUACUGACUCUGGCUGUGUGUAUCAGUGGGGAACUGGUCUUUUCAGUCACGCUAAGAGAGCGCUCAGUCCACGCCCUGUCCCAUCACACCUCUGCUCUCAGGUGCCCUGUCUGGUACCAGGUGUGGAUCAGAAAACAUCACAUCUGGUGGCUGCAGGCUCAGCGCACUGUGUGUGCCUUACAGGAGAUGGUGAUUUGUUUCUGUGGGGAGGCAACAAGCACGGUCAGCUGGCCACCACAGAACCCUUCCUGUCCUCUCCAUCUCUUCUGAAGCGCUCACUACUGGAUGGAGAGAAAGUCCUGAAUGUGUGGAGCGGCUGGACGCACGUUAUUGCUCAAACAGAGAGUGGAAGAGUGUUCACAUGGGGCAGGGGAGAUUAUGGACAGCUGGGCCGACAAGCAUCAACCAGUCAGAACACAAAGCAGCAGUCAGCUGGUCCGUUAGCAGAAGGUGGAAACCAGGAGGUUUGCCUCCCUGCAGAGGUUAAAGUCCUCAGUGGAGCAACACAGAUCGCAUGCGGAUCUGAACAUAACCUCGCCAUUGUAGGGGGGUGCCUCCUUUCCUGGGGCUGGAACGAACACAGCAUGUGUGGAAACGGUUCACAGACCGACGUCUUUCAGCCUCAGCUCAUAUCUGGUCUCAGACCUCUUCUCAUUGGCUGCGGAGCCGGACACUCUAUGGCAGUGUGCGCUGUGAUGACUGGCUCAAGAUAAAACUCCAGCAGGAACAGCCAUUCAUUCAGCAUGUGACAAUCAGAGACGGGACAAACAGAGUGACUUUGUGAAUUAACACAUAUCUGACUCAUUUAGUGGCUUGUUUGUGCUUUGUAGAGCCCUCAAAGGUUAUUUUAUGUGCCUUUGAAUAUGCAGUAACUUUCACCAUCUAAAAGGCUACCUGAACUGCCUGAACAGGUCAGACUUCAAGCUGCAGUUGUCAUAAAUACUGACGUGUGGUUGGACACAGGCUGAGUUAUGUUUCUUGUGGACAGAGGCCAUCAUUUCUCUGACCAGCCUGUCACAUUGAUGGACAUGAUUGGAGGCGAUGGCUUUGCAGGAACGUGGCCGUGCCUAUGGCUCCUGGUCCACCUGCUUUUCCUGAGUGAAGCUGUUAUGGAUCGUGUGAGGGAUGGGUCAGACUGGUGCUAUAGCUCCAUCUUCCCAUGUCAGCGGUUUUAUUGCUGUGAUCUUGAGUGUCAGGAGGCAGUCAAUCUCUGCACUUCAUAGUGAAAAUCUCAUGAUUUACCCCUCACACAUACAGGACAGUAUUUUUUUCUUUGCUAACUGCCCAUCACUUAUUUAUAUUCUUGCCAGUCUGUGUGAUAUCCUUUGAUUAUGUUUGCCUUAUUUGCACCACUUUCAUACUGUAGACUUCCUUAAUCCCUCUUGGGAGAAACUCUUCCGCUGCAUUUGACCCAACCUACAUAUUUAUAAGGUGUGGGCGUCCGCAGUGCAGCACUUGGGGACCAGCUGCAGGUCUUAAGCCAGUGCCUUGGUCAAGGGCGAUGGCAAGACUCAGGGUGGCUCAGGGAGGAUAUCUUAUGCAUUACAUUUACCUUUUUAUUUUAAAGUUUUUAUUUUAUGAUUAAAGUUUAUGCAAAUUAAACGUAGAAACCAUCAGUGAAAUUAUGCAGUAAUGAAAGUUAAAUUAUUUUUUACCUGGGUUAGUUCAGAAAAAAAUAAAUCAACACUCGUUGAAAAAUGAUCAUUUCUGAGUUUUUUUUAUUUAUCACUAUUUAUUGUACAAGCCUGAACUGUAUUGGUCAAAAAAGACACAAAAAAUCCCUAAACAACAAACCAAUCAAAACGAUCACUGAACACCUUAUUGAGAUAACUAACCACAAAAUGCACGGUGUUCAAAACACACACUCAGAAGUCUCACUAAACGGCACACAUUAGUUGCCUCUUAGUUGCGUUAUUGAUUCCAUUUAUGAUAACAGCUGCUGUUUUUUUAUAGUAUUAUUAUUCUGUCAGACAACGAUCAGCACACUGUCCCCCCUUUAGUGCUCAGCUCUGUUGUAUUGCUGUACCUGACUGCACACAGAUCUCAGCAAGUUGUUGGCAGUGUGUUUGCAGUUGUUUGGUAAAAAGUUGGUCCCUUCUCACUAACUUUUCCACACAAACAAUGACUCUGUACUUUGUACCCAAUGGUUGUUUUUUAAUUAGGUUUCCUCACUGCUUGCCUUUAGAAGCUGAUCCAGACAGGGGUCUCCACUGUAUCUGUGUGCUUUUUGAGUACUGAACUGAUGCUUGUUUUCAGUGGCUGGUGACUGAUGGUUAAUUAAAAAAUAAAAAUGUACAUUAGUUCAUCGCGUUGGUUAAGCUAUACUCCUGAAUGGUAAGAAUAAUUUGCAUAACAGAGGCACUUGUCCAGUAUGAGGUGUAUGAUGUCUUGGCAUUGGUUAGUAUUACAUACUAAUAUACCAAUUUGUAUGUGUGCAGAAAAAGAAUAAAAAUCCAAUUCUACAUGAUUGUCAAUUAAAACGUACCACAUAAUAACUAUAAUGAGUUAAUGUAUAAGCUGUCUUUGUUAAUCAGAGUACAGCUAUAUAUGAAGAUAUAUCAACAUUCAAUUAAUGUUGAAUAUUCAUUAUUCAUUUCUGAAUAACCCUAAGUAAGAUUUGCUUAACCAACUCAAUAAUUGACCAUUUCCUAACAGCACACUUUGCCAUUUUAAUGCCUCAUUAAUACAAGGUAGGAGUGGUGUUUCUUUUUUUUUUUUUUUUUUAAGUAUGACCUCUUUUCAUUUUUUGUGGAUGUUAUCUCUUUGAUGCCUGAAAACAUAUCAAAGGAAUGUUAAAAGUUCACUGGUGCAAAAGAGUGCAAAAAGUCUACAAAGAUGUGACCAUGACAGUGCAAAGUUAACGAUUAGUUUUCAACUGUUUAGUCUGGCUGACAUGAUGAGUGACAGGUUUUUGCCAAGGGGGGAGGGGGGGUUUAAAUCGGAGCAACAUUUUUUUUUCUUUCAACAGAAGAAGCACACAGAUAUUUGAUGAUCACUCAAAAACAUUGGUACACACAACUUCAGCACACAAAAAAGCGUAUUUACAGCACUGGCACACACCAAAAAUAGGCACACAAAUUACAACACAGUAACCAGUCACAGAUACUGAGCUACAUAAGGCUUGACAACAAAACUUCCUCAGUGCUACAUCUAUGCUGAGUUUGUGAUGUACAGGUUGUCACUGUCACACCCAUUUAAAAAAUACUAAUACACACAACAAUGCUACAGCACUAUCAGGUGGGUGAUGGGCCAUUAUGGGUCAUACACAUAGUGGUUGGUACACCAUGGUUCAUAACACAAACUGACUCUGUUGGUUGUCUGCUCCGGUGCUGUCGCUGGGUCUCUAUAAACAUAUAAAAAAACAAUAACAAAAAUAAAUUAUUACACAAAUUAUGUAUAAUGGUGGAAAUGAUGGCGAUGAUGGAUACCUCUGAGGCGCAGGGAGAGGUGAGAAAUGACACUAGCUUGGAGAGUAAAGAAAAUGUGCUCCGUUAGUUUCCUCAUGGUAAAUGACAGGUUUACCAUGUAUUUCCCAUGCUUUAGCCAAGGCAUCAGACAACGAUGUACUGUCUGUGUGCAGAGGUUGGACUCUGGAGUCGGUUAAUAAACAUGCCCAAUCAUGCUGCAUUUUACGGGUUGAUGUACAGUAGUUCACUCAUUGUCAUGCGUUUGUAUACUUUGCGUCAUGCUCUCACAGUCACCUCGGUUUCUUUUAUGCUCUCUUUGACCCGGGCACAGGUAGACAGGGGGGUCAAACAGCAGUUGAAAGCACUAGCCACAAGCUAGUGGGAAAGGAAAGUUGUAUGUAUGCAUGUGCUGUUGAAUAAAAACGGAGGCUAAAUGCU